AUGGACGACAACGACCAGUCCAACACAAGCAGCUCCAUCGCCCUCAUCGAUAACACUGCGCCCCGUCGCCGUCACUCUGAAACUCCCACCGCUACAACAAACGGCGGCAGCCACGUCUCCCGGAAAUGGACGAAAAGAUCAAUUCGCGGCGAGCUCAAGAAGCGCAAGUACGCUAAAUGGCAACCGGAUCGAUUAGGUCUCACGACCGAUGAUGAAGACAACGACAACUACAACUACAACAAUAAUGAGGGGGAGGAGAACAUACCAUCAUCCAGCCGACGCCCCUCAGAAAGACCAGAAACAGAUCUCUUCACUACAGAAACAGCAACCACCACCAGCAACCCCCCCUCACAAUACCAAAGUCAAAGUGACAGCCAACAACCCUCACCCCCUUCGCACGACGUAAGCGCCACAGAUUUCGCCCCCGAAAGCACCCUCACCAACACCACCACUACACACUCCCACGGUCCCACAAAACUCACCGGCCUUAAACCCAACACCGAGCUCGACAUCCUCUAUGAGAACCAACGCGGAUGGUUCUUCUUCGGCAUCCCCCUCUACUCGCACAGCUCCCUCCUCAACUUCGACCCCUCCGCCUGGCAGACCGCCGAUCUGCGCGACAGCCCCGUGGACAUCACAAACGCGCAAGUGCCCGACCCCAGCUGGGUGUGGGCCUGGCGGUCCUGGUACGUCGAUAUGUCCGGCGACGUGGACGACCAGGGAUGGCAGUAUUCGUUCUCGUUCAAGUCGACGGCAUGGCAUGGGUCACAUCCAUGGUUUCAUUCGUUUGUGCGCCGGCGCAGAUGGGUCCGAGUGAGGACGAAACGCUUGGUGGAUAGACAUGGCCGGACGGGCUUGGAGAUGGCGCAUAGGUUGAAUGAGGACUACUUCACGAUUCAUUCAGGGAAGAAGAAAAAGAGGCCGGUUAGUGAGGUUGGUGGUGGUGGGUAUGGAGCUACGAGUUUGGGUCGGACCACAACCGCGACGACUGCUAGAGAGGAAGAGGAAGUACCGAUAGAGGAGAUAGCCGAUGUCCCGGCCCUGAUGCAUGCGUUGAGAGUAGCGAUUGUGGAUCGCGAGAAGGUGGAUGCGUUAGAUCGGUUCGUCGAGGAGGGCGGCGAGGAGUUGUUUUAUUUGGAUGAGAAGAUCCCCGAAAUCAUGUCCAUGUUCGUCUUCCAAGCCUCCCGCUGGCACUUCGUGAUCCACCUCACCGACGUCGUCGAGUCCCUCUCCCAGCGACUCUCUUCAGCCAGCGGCAACGAAGCCACCGAGCUGCAGCGCAAACUGAAUCAUCUCCAAAAGGCCACUGAAACAGCGAGACGCCAUCUCACUGGCCCCGGGGUUCUAAGAACCGAGAACCGGAAAUCGAGCAUGGAGAUGCUGGAUUUAACACCCGUGUCUAAGCGCGGGAGUCUGUUAGCGAGAUACUCUGGCCGGUUCGAGUUCAAGUCAAUGGAUGAUGGAGGGGAGAUCAAGGGAAUUCCUAAGGAGGCGGAGGUAGGCAGGGAAGGGCAUAUUUUCCAGUGCAGUAAAAAUGCCAGCCACGACCGCCUACCGCCUACCAACCCCGGUAACCCCAACCCGACAACUAACAGUAAUAACUUUUUUGGCUCCGAAGCUCCCUGCCUCUCUCCCUCGGCCAUUCCGAUCUCUCGAGUCCUAACGACCACGGCCACGGCACCAACGCCUUCCAAACGUAGUCUAUCUACCGUCUUAGACACCGUCGCGGCUAGUCCCGAAGAACCUCUCCUAUUCCUAUACCCUCGCUGGGUGGGUUCGGCUGUACGACAACGGAGACUUGUUUCCUCGGCUUCGCAGUGUGGAAAUGGGAAUGCGAAUGCAUAUAAUGCUGGGAGGAGGACGGUAGCGAGACAGCCGCCGCCGCCGCCGGCCGGACGGAAGCUCUCGUUUGGGAGCUCGUCGAGACGGUGGGUUUCGACGACGGCGGCGGAGGCUGCUGUUAAGACGGAGGUGAAGGGGGAAGAUGUUCCGCCUGAGCAGGGGAAGUCAGCAGAUGUCAAUACUCCACAGAAAGGAAAGCGUGGUGAAGAGAAUACCGAUACCGGAUCUGCGUCCAUUUAUAACGAACUAGACAAUGACCCGCAAACCGAGGUGAAGAGCGAACGACACGUCUUCAACAUCUUCUCCGACCUACAGACGAGACCUGUUCAGCCGACGGCGGGUCGAAAGGGUAUGAGAUCGUCCGGUGAACCGACGCCCGCUAUUGCGCUGAAGCGACUAUCGCACCGUGACCGACGGAAGUUGAGAUAUCGGCUGUUUUUGACGAAGCAGAGUCAGGGUCGUGACAAGGCGAAGAACAAUCAAUGGAACAAGUGGACGAAGAUCCGGGAGAUGUUGGAGGAGAUGCAUGAGGAUACGCACGUCUGGGCGAAGAAGGGCGUCAAGCAGAAAGAGUUGCUCGUGCCGGAGGAGACGAUCGCGCUCUUGGCCGGCGUGACGGAUAUGGCGUUGAAAGAGAAUGUUUGGUAUGUGCCGGUGCAUAACGGGUGCAAGGUGCAUGUGCUGCGUCCACUGCAGAGCCAGGGUCAGUUUCGGAGAGUGAUUCUCUCUGGCUCGGAGCGGGUUGUUGAGUUGGUGAGCGAUAGGAUUGCGCAGGCGAGAAGACUGCAAGAACAAAGUGAUCCCUUGGUCGAUAUUCAAAUCCCGCUUGCGCCGAUUAUCCCGUCUAUUGAGGCGAUGAAGCGUCAGGGUGCUCCCGUGCCGCUGGUUCGAGGGGUUUGGGAUAUACAAUCGGCUGUCAAGCAGGCCGCGAAGUUGCAUAUGGUCUUGCCUGCUGGGAAGAAUCUGUCUGGGAUUAGGGAUUUCGCGGAACAUGUGGAGGAAUUGACGAGAUCGAAACCUUCGUACAACUCAAAAAUCCCCUAUUCGCACCAGAAGCAAGUGGCGAAGGCCCUUGUACAGCUGUUCCGGAAUGAGGCCUAUUCCAGCUUUAUGUCGACGGCUGCGUUAAAUCGAGCGCUGUCGUAUCUGCUCGAUCAUGAGUUUUUGAACGCCGCCCGCGACAUCUUUCUCAGGUCCGAACACCUUGCGACGGUGGAUACCUUUAAUAUCCUUCUGAAAUCUGCAGCCAAGAGACAAGACCUCCGCUUCUUUCGUCAGUUCUUGCUGGCCAUGUCUCGGCUGAGCAUUCGGCCGGACCCCAAUACAUGGCUCACACUGCUGGAUUGUCUAGUUGCCCCCAAGGCGAAAGCAGACCUCGUCACAUAUAUGCUGCAGCGCGGGUACCUGGAGAACAUGGGUGCGAUGCGGACGGCGCUACAUCUGACACUGCCGAACACGUUCCGCGCCCACUUGGAAAGUGGCAAGACUGUGGAUUCAUUCAUCAGGCAGACCGCCGACUCCUGCGGAGAUAGCUGUUUUGUUCCAUCUCUGAUCAGCCAGAUGUUCGGUGUCAUCGUCAGGCUGAAAGACUUUGCUGCCCUGGACCGGUUAUUCGAGAUCUGCAAGCAGAACGAUCUAACCUUCAACAGUGCUACCAUUACCCAAAUCUUGUCCCUUUUUCGAGCAGACAUGCCCACCGCUCUGCGAUAUCUCUUCCGCUGCCUAGAGCGCCCUGAGACGAAGCUCGAACGGCACGCAUGGGAGCGGCUCUUCCUGGUCGCUUUCAAGGGCCAAUACUAUAACAUCUGCCGGGUUCUCUGGAGGUACGCGUGCAUGUCCGGAAACGUGACCUAUAAGAUGAAGCGCACGGUCGUGACUUCCUUGAUCCGCAAUGUGCCCCGAAAGCCGGAGACCAACGUCCAUACAAUCUGGGAUGUGAGUGCGGGCAAGGUCAUCGUGGGACUGGAUCUGCAUCGCCCCGACCAUAAACUCCAGACCACCGUGCUCGACAAACUACCUCGGGAGUAUCGCUCCAACCCCAUCGCGUACCUAAGUUCAGGCUAUAAGCCCAGCGGCGAAGAGCGGGAGCAGCAGAUCCAAGUGGCCUCUGCGCUCACGCAGCAUGAUAUCGAGAUCGGUUCCUGGCAUCGCCCGCAGCUUCCGUUGUUAAUUAUGUUGGAGGCAGCCUCGGUCUUGGAUCAAGAGUGGCGGAAGGUGCCGCGGCCGGUACACUGGCUGGUCCAGAAUGCCAUUCGCGUGCCGGUGAGGAAGUCGAUGUAUCCGGCUUGA